AUGUUCGGUCGUGUUGGAGGCCAAGCGCUUCGUUGCGCUGCUCGUCGCCCAAUUGCACGCAGAAAACUAUGUGAUCGCCGGUUUUCUGCGCAGACUGGUGUCAAUACCACUGCUGCAUCUGCUCCUUCGCCGCUCGGUGGAAUCACCGUUGAGCUGGAUCGCAUUGCGCCCCGAUUUGAGAUUCCAGCUUCACAGAUUACAAUUCUCGAUUCUCCGGCCAAUUUCUAUUCGGCUUUGAAGAACAAAAUCCGGAACGCGAAGCGGCGCAUUUACCUUUCCACGUUGUACAUUGGCAAGACCGAAUACGAGCUCAUCGAGACGAUAUCCCACGCCUUGCGCGAUAAUCCUGACCUCAAAGUAUCCAUUCUUACCGAUGCUUUGCGAGGAACCCGAGAAACCCCCAAUCCGUCCUGCGCUUCGCUCCUUUGCUCGCUGGUCUCAGAAUAUGGAGCGGAGCGGGUUGAGAUUCGGAUGUUCCACACCCCCAAUUUGACCGGUCUGAAGAAGAAGUGGAUUCCUAAGCGUAUCAACGAAGGCUGGGGCUUGCAACAUAUGAAGCUGUACGGUGUUGACGAUGAGAUCAUCAUUUCGGGUGCAAACCUCUCCGAGGACUACUUCACAAACCGACUGGAUCGAUAUCAUGUCUUCGACUCCAAGGCCCUGACAGACUACUAUGCCCGCAUUCAUCAUGCGGUCUGCAGCUUGAGCUUCCAGGUCUUGCCCGAUCCUCAUAAUCACUCGGGUUAUCUUUUGGACUGGCCUACUUCCAACGGUGCUCCCUCGCCCUUGGAUAGUCCUCAAGAUUUCAUUUCAUACGCCUCAAACGUACUCAGUCCCCUCAUUCAAGCAUCCGAAAACAAGCCAGCUCUUUCCUCUUCAUCAUCCAGCCAAACCUUUGUAUACCCCGUGGCUCAAUUUACUCCACUCCUGAAACCAGACACUUCCACCGAAUUCCCCGCGGUCACAAGCAUCUUGCGUCUCUUGUCGGAAUCGCCUGCUUUUGAAGGAGCUCGUUGGCUUUUCACCGCCGGUUAUUUCAACAUCCACCCUGUCCUUUCAUCACUCUUGAUCUCUAGCACAUCCACCGCUUCUGAGAAGGCUUCCACGACGCAAGGGACAGUCCUGACCGCUUCUCCUUGGGCUAACGGAUUCUAUGGCUCCCCGGGUGUAUCUGGCAUGCUUCCUGCCGCAUACACACACCUCUCGGCACGCUUUCUCGACCGUGUAGCGGCCGCCCAGGCCACUAACUCCAUCCAACUCAAGGAGUGGCGCCGUGGUACUGUGGGCACGCCGGACGGGUGGACCUAUCAUGCCAAGGGUCUUUGGGUUACCCUGCCACGUGAGGAACACCCCAGUCUUACCUUCGUUGGUAGCAGCAACUACACAAAGCGAAGCUAUAGCCUGGACCUCGAAGUCGGCGCCCUUGUCGUCACAAAUGACCAAGACUUGAAGCAAAAGCUCGGCAAAGAGACUCAAUGGCUUCAGGAGGACUCAAAGCAGAUUUCAAGAGAAGACUUGAUGCGCACUGAGAGACGUGUUGGCUGGAACGUACGUCUUGCCAUGUGGAUUGUCGAGAAGGUUGGUGGAGCUCUAUAA